UGCUGCCCUUACGUCACCACAACAAAGUAUAACAUUUCAAGACUGGUUGGUGUCCAUAUUGGGGCCUUGUGUCUUCUGCUAGCAGCUGCUGGACGCUGAGCUGCGUAAAACGUUUGGCAGCGCUAUGCAAUCCUAGAACCAUAGAGUAGAGAUGUCGCUAGCUAUAGCGGGUGACGAGCGCCUCCAGGGUGGCCACGAUGCUGCCCGAGAGCAUCUCCAAACGCUGUUCCUGCAGCCCGCCGGGCGGCAGAACGUGUGUCUGCUGGAUGAGGUUAUUUUUGAUUUCAUAGGCAGCAACGAAUUUAAGCAGCGCCGAUACACGGCGCAGGAGCUGAUUACCUGCGCUCCAUCCUGGGGAAGGCCAAAGCACUUCAAGUUUGUGCACGCUGGGAUUCCGUACCUGGCAACGGUGGACUUCUGGGAGGGACCACACGUGGACCUCGUCAACAUUAGGCUGCCGAACGACGGCUUCAGCAGGCUACGGGAAGAGGAGAUUUUUCGGCACCGGUGCGGCGGCUGGGUGGAGCUCGAUGGCACGCUGCUGAUGGAGUUCUUCCCGAACCUUGCCAAGAUUGUUGCAAACAAGUUCACCUCGAUCAUCUUCUACUACAACUACAAGCAGCAGUGCAUCGAUAUGCAGCUGUUCACUGACGACCCCUCCACACCAGGACUGAUGCUCACCUUAGAGCAUGGGUACCCAUACAUGGAUGACCAGUCGCAGCGGCGGCCCCUGCAGCGCGUGUAGCUGUUGCAAGCCCUCGGCCUGGCACGAGGAGAAAGGUGGCCAUGUCAUCUCCCACAGCGGCUCCCUAGAUAGCAGCAGCAGCGGUGGCAAUGCAGCACAUCCGCCAGGCAUGCCAUCCACUGAGCAUGUCGCUGCUGUGGGGUGGGGUGGCAAGCCGCUGUGGAGGCCACGGUCACAAGCAGGGUUGGACAGGACCUUCCUGAAAUGGUCGGGUUGCCGGUUUUCCCCUUCCCAUGCCCGUCGGGCCCACCCGAUAGCGUUUUUGCAUAUCUUUCAAUUUCUGUCGGGUGCCCUGAUAGCCCAUCCCAAAACCUGUCGGGUAACGCAAGAACGAAAUUUCGUUGUAAUUACUUGAAAUUACAUUU